CGGUUAUUCAAUCAACGCUCGAGAAUGGUUCUUCGAAUAUUCAGCUGCCUCUAUUGAAAGGAUGCCGUGCUGUAUACGGUACCUGUGGGUAGCGAAAAUUCAGGUGUAAGCAGUCGUGCACAGCCUUGCCAUCAAAUCUCCACAAACAUACAAAAAGCCAGCUUCUUCCCCGAUAUACCCCUUCUGUUUGCACUCCUGCACCCCAGAUAUGCCUUGCCUCUGGUGACGGUCCUGAAGCACACGUGACGAAUCAUACCACAUUGCCUGGACAAGGGAAGCCCAAGGAGGGGACGCCAUGUCGGAUGCCCAAGUCCGGAAGAGCUCCCAAAGCGAAUUACAGGAUGCGGACCAAACGACACCACCGCCUUCAUACAAACGGCGGCGUAUAGCGCUAGCUUGCACAUCCUGCAGGAAUCGCAAAUCACGCUGCAAUGGCGCUAGACCUUCUUGCAGUCUCUGCGUCGAACUCGGCUUCGAGUGCAUAUAUCAACAACCUGCCGCGGGUAAUGUCAGACCGCCACAGUUACAGCCAGGCUAUGAUGAGAGGCUGCGGGCUAUCGAAGAUACGCUCAGGUUGCUUGUAAAUCGAAACCACCCCUCGUCGGAGGGUUCCGAGCAGUUGAACCCACCGAGCCACGAGCAACACAGGCCGAGUCAAGAAGCAAGUACCACCAUUCAGGAGCCACGACAGGUGCCGAACGACGAUGAAGACGUUGCCAUUCUCGACGAGGAUGACUCCCUGCAACAGAAUGCCGAGGACUCUGUUGAUGGCAUGGCCGCCAUCACCGACCCGGAAGAGACGGAAUCGAGGUUUUUUGGUCCAUCUUCGAACAUAGCAUUGCUCCGCCAUAUAUCGGACGCGACUUCAGCUACCUUGAAGUCAAUAGGGCAGUCUCGACAUUCGGAAAGUGGGAUUAAUCAGCCCAUCGUCUCCAGAGUAGCCUCACCUGUUACUACGACUCUCUCAGAGACCAGCCCUAUCGCUCGACACCACAUCAAUAUCCGGUCGCUCCCCCCGGAAUCGCGCGCUCUGCACCUCAUCAGGCUCUUCUUUUCUGAUACAGGAAUGCUGUUCCCCUACAUUCGCGAGCAAGAUAUCCUCCGUACAUACUCUGCUGCCCGGCGAAACCGCUUCAGCGCAGUGAGCCGCUCUUGGCUAUGCCUCGUAAACGCCAUCUUUGCGUUUGCAACCUAUAUCAGCGCCAAACCUGAUCAGUCGGCCGAAAAGAAUGCGGCCGAGUCAGAAAUAUUCAUAGAAAGGGCACAGGCCCUGUCGGCCGAGAUUGAGAUGAAAUCAGCUAGCUUAGAGACGGUCCAAUGCUUGCUUUUGAUGGCACAGUAUCGUCAAGGCACGCAACGAUCUGAUCAGGCCUGGAACCUACAUGGCCUCGCAGUCCGCGCGGCGAUCCAAUUGGGCUUACACUCGCAGACGGCUUCUUCAGGACUGAACUUGGUGGAAGCCGAGAUACGCAAGCGGACAUGGUUUGGGUGUAUGAUCUUGGACAGGACACUAAGCAUGACCUUUGGCCGCCCCUGUAUGAUGCCCAACUCUAUAGUAAAAUUGGAUCUCCCGAUGAACCAGAAUUUGGAGCGACUGUCAAUGCUGGGAAACUCAGCGACUUCGAUGAGCAGCUUGGAUCCGCCAGACACAGUUUGCCUUUUCACUGCUACAAUACAACUAUACUAUAUCUUAGGAGACAUAAUUUCCGAGCUCUAUGGCGGUAAUGUGGACAUUGAUCCUGGACUGACCGUCCCCACAAUGCUGGAAAGGACCGUCGUUCUCGAACAGAAACUGGCAGCCUGGAAACACAACUUGUUCCCUCAGCUGCAGCGGCGGCCAUGGGAUACUCUUGAUCCUGAUACAAUCUCACUCUCCGCUUGGGAUCCUGUCUUCGACAGGUUGAGCGUUAUCAUCACGCUCAGAUAUCUCAAUACGCGGAUUUUACUGCAUAGACCCAUCUUAAGUGCCUUUCUACGUCAGAGAGCUCGGGUGAAAGUACCUGGCGAACAAAUCGAGCAGGAAGAUCCAUUUUUCAACGACCUCGGAGAGCGAAGCGUCAAAAUCUGCCAGCAAGCCGCGAUGGAAAUCGUCGAGAUUGUCCACAAGACGAGCAAACCACCCGCCUUGCUCGGGGCAUGGUGGUUCACUUCCUAUUACACUUUCAAUGCGGCCCUCGUGAUAUUCAGUUGCAUCUUGCUAGAAAUUACCCCCUUGAACGCGCGGACUGCAAAUAGUCCACCGAUGGCCUCCACCGACUCCUUGGACUCGGCCAAAAUUGUCGAAAUGAUUACACGACUCCGGCGGGCGAUGGAGACCCUCAAGCGGUUCGGCGAGGGCACCAAAUCCGCGAAGAGAAUCAGGAAGACUCUCUUGAAGCUCGUGCAGAUAUGCAUGACACUCGUACAGUUCAAUCCCGAACAUGGCCCGGCUAUCUUGUCAGCUUUGUCCUCUGGUCAGCAGAGCGAUGCGACCCAGAUAAGUAGCCAGAACAGCCUCUCUUUGCAGUCUCAAGGCGCCCUGGAUGGGAGCAUCACAACGAACGGCCUCCUGCCGCCUCUGGGUCAAGACGAUCCUUUCGCAGCUUUUGACAUGAGCAUGCACCAGUAUUGGACGGACAACAGUCUCGACCUAUUUGCCGAUCUCGUCGGGGUUGAGCCAGGUUUGACUGCUAUGAUGGCUGGCUGAGAGACACACCCUCAGCCUGUAGACCGGGAACAUAGGAAGUAGCACUAGACUGAACAAUGAACCACCUCUCUCG